UAGGUUUCUUCAAUCGACCUUUCAAACAAAGGCUUUCGCAACCUACAUAUACUCCAAGUCAUACCAUCUAAUCCCUCGCUCAUCAUGUCCUCCUCCUCCUCCUCCGCCUCGAACCCGGCCGAUCCGGCGACAAAGCCCACAGAGCACAACCAGGUAGUCGCGGACCCCCUCGCGCACUUCAAGGCGAUUCCCUGGUGCGCAGCGCUCCUCUCGGACCCGGCUAUUCUUGAAAUCGGCGUGCCGGACCGGCGGCCGUUACCCAACGGCGACUCCAGCCUCGUGCGCAAGACCAUGAACAGUCCCACAACCGCCCGCGCAUCCGUGACCUUUUAUCGACUCGUCAAGUCCAUGAAACCCAGAUCAUCCUCCUCCUCCAUUCCUUCCUUCGGCGGCACCGGCGAGGUGUCUCCCGCCGGGGGCUCGGCCCCAUCCGAUAGCAAUAAGAGCAGCCGCAGCAGCAAAGGAGGGGACAAGGAAAAGAAGCAGAAAAACGCGCUGUCCGCAUCAGAAGCCCUCCUAAGCGGCGGCGGUAAAGAAAACGGCGAGAACCAGCGAAACCCGUUCGUGCUGUUCAACGCCCUGGUCGAUCUGGGAGAGGACUGCCAGAGCUUCCCGGGCAUUAUGCACGGUGGUAUGCACGGGCUGCUUAUGGACGAGGUCAUGGGGACGGCUGCGAAUGCCCAGGCUGCAAACGGCGCGUAUACGGUCCGUUUUACAACACAUUAUCAUCGUGCGAUCCGGCUCCCGCAGAUCCUGCUGAUCCGCGGGCGCGUGGUGCGGAAAGAGGGUCGGAAGAUAUACGUCAGGGGCACGUUAGAAGAUAAGAACGGAAACAUCAUGGCCGAAGGUGACGGGGUCUGGCUCGCCAUCGAACGGAGGUCUGGCCAGAGCAAGCUAUGAGCGAGAGGUUGGGCUAGUCUCUGGAGGUUAGACGAGCGAGGAUUUAAGUCGUAUAUAUUUGUGUUUACUUCAUGCUACAAUUUUAUGCGCAUAUUUUUUUA